AGAUAAGGGGAGGAGUCGCUCACUGACAAGAGGGAGACUGGCUUUUCUGAGUUUGUCAGCUCCCCCUAAAAUAGCAGUCAGCGCGUAAAUGUGAACCGAAAUUACGUUUAUCCACUGGAGUCACCGAUAUAGAGUGUCUAUAUACAGCGGGUCGACUUGGGAGUAAAAGGACAUUUUUCCAAGGAGGACAAAACACCAGAGAGCUGAAAGCCAAGGAUGCAUUGAAUGAAAAAUAAGAGAUAGAAGCUGAACAUUCUUGGUCCAAUAAAGAGGAUAGUGUUUCUCUGAUUAUUUGAUUGUGGUGUGGUCUGCUGAAGAGAGCAUCGAGAAGAGUGAAAGGGUGUAUACAAGAAAAGAAGAGACUGUUGCACAAUGUACUAGGAGAGUGGGGCGAGAAAGCGUGUUGUUUUUCUGAUAUUGUAGAGGUGUCAGAGAGACCCAGGAAAGGACACAGUCAUGGGGCGGAAGAAGAUACAGAUCACCAGGAUCAUGGAUGAGAGGAACAGACAGGUUACCUUCACAAAGAGGAAGUUUGGCUUGAUGAAAAAGGCCUAUGAGCUGAGCGUACUAUGUGACUGUGAGAUAGCCCUCAUCAUUUUCAACAGCUCUAACAAACUGUUCCAGUACGCCAGCACAGACAUGGACAAAGUGUUGCUGAAAUACACAGAGUACAACGAGCCCCACGAGAGCAGAACCAACUCUGACAUUGUAGAGGCGCUAAACAAGAAAGAACACAGAGGUUGUGAUAGCCCGGACCCCGAUGCCUCAUAUGUCCUCACUCCUCACACAGAAGAAAAGUAUAAAAAAAUUAAUGAGGAGUUUGAUAAUAUGAUGAGAAAUCAUAAAAUCCCCACAGCAUUGCCUCAGCAGAACUUCUCCAUGCAUGUGGCAGUGCCUGUAUCCAACCCUAAUGCCAUGUACCAGGCAGGAGGGACUCUGGGCAGCCAGGCCCUGGCAGCAGCCACGGCCUCUCUGAGCGAGAGCGGGAUGCUGUCCCCUCCACAGGCCUCUCUGCACAGGAAUGUUGGUUCCAGCGGAGGUUCCCAGAGGCCAACCAGUGCAGGCAGUGCAGGUGGCAUGCUGGAUACUACAGACCUUUCAGUGCCAAGUGGUGCGGGCUCCAGCCCAGCGGGGAAUGGUUUUGUUAACCCCAGGGGCUCACCGGGCCUCCUCAGCACACCCAGCGGCAAUGGCCUGGGUAAAGUCAUGCCCACCAAGUCUCCGCCACCCCCUGGAGGGAACAUGGGAAUGGGAAGCCGCAAGCCAGACCUAAGGGUUGUUAUUCCUCCAUCAAGCAAAGGAAUGAUGCCCCCACUGUCGGAGGAGGAGGAAAUGGAUUUGAGCACCCAGAGGAUAAGCAGUUCCCAGUCCACCCAGCCGCUGGCCACUCCAGUAGUGUCUGUCACCACCCCCAGUUUACCCCCACAGGGUCUGGUCUACUCAGGCAUGCCCACCUCCUACAAUCCUGCUGAGUACUCCCUGAGCAGUGCAGAGAUCUCUUCCCUACAGGGCUUCAGCUCUCCUGGGCUCUCACUGGGCUCCAUGUCGGCAUGGCAACAGCAUCAACUGGGCCAGGCAGCUCUUAAUUCUUUGGUUGGUGGAGGUCACCUACCUCAGGGCUCCAACCUAUCCAUCAGCACCAGCCAGAGCAUAAAUAUCAAGUCCGAGCCCAUCUCACCACCACGGGAGCGCGUCACCCCAUCUGGCUUCCCUCUGCAACAGCCGCAGCAAGGGUCCAGCCGACAGGAAGUUCUGGGACGUUCACCUGCCGACAGCCUCAGCUCGUCUUGUAGCUCAUACGACGGCAGCGAUCGCGAGGACCACCGGCCAGACUUCCACUCCCCGCUGGGACUGGGCAGACCCCCUGCUGGCUCUGAGGAUAGGGAGAGCCCGUCAGUCAAGCGCUUGCGCAUGGACACAUGGGUGACAUAAAGAGCCCUGAUCAAGCCUCCAGUCACCAGCCAGCCAGAGAAGGGGAGGGGUUAGACAUGGAGAUAAAAGAAAGAGCAAGGGUCCUUAGAGCUAUCAUUAUGAUACUAUUAUUCAACUCCACUUCAAUUUGUAAGACUGAGAUGUAAUGUAAUAUGACGUGUCAGGACAUAUCUAAAGUAAAUUCUCAAGCUGAUAACAGUAAGAUUUUUAAAAAAAAAUCAGUUAGCUGGACUGAAUUAUAUGCACAAGCAGGUGGUAUCAGGUACUUGGUGCAAUUCAGACGACGUUUGCAGAAGAAAGAUGUUCAGAGAGAAUUGUUAAACAAUAGGCGGUAGAUUAUUGUAGUCACUGGUCUAGUCAGACACUUACAUGUAGUUGCUGUUUUGCUGUUGUGCUCGCAAGUUGCAAACAAUCAGAGAAAGUUGUGUUGCUUUGAGGCUGAGGACCCUUUUAUAUGAUGUUCACUGCACAAACUAUCUCUAAAAUCAUGCUGUAACCAUACAAGACCUUUAUCUCAAGUGGCCUCUUCUAAUUUAUUGAUUCAGUCGAUCAGGAGACACAGAGCACAUGGAGUUCAUUGAUAUCACACAGGAAUUUUGACUAUACAGUAAAUAAUUGCAACAGUUGAGACAACUUUAGCGAACACGUGAAACAAUAAUGUUGGAGAUAAAAGUAAAAUAGCAACAGAAUUUAUUGCAAUAAUGACAAACUAUUCAUUUUAUAAUUUAAAAGAGUAGGAUAUAUUAAUGUGCAAUUAAGAUAGUGCGAACCUGUCCAGUUGAACUGGUGAGAAAGUCAACAUGUUCACAUUUGUGUAACAGUUCAUCAGUAAUAUAAGCCAAAGCUGUUCUUUUGUGUUGUUUUGUACAGUUGCUAUGAUUUCCUAACAAUUCACUCAAAUGCACCAUUUCUUUCAUCAUAGUUUUUAUUUUUUAAUGUGCUUUAUUAUAGUGUAAAGUCAUGUAAACCAGAUCUUGAAUCAAUAUCGAAAGCCAUGAACAUUUGCUGUUCUGUUUGUAUAAUUGAAAAAAAUUUGAGCCAAACAUUGUCUUUUUGUUGUGUAAAUAGCGACUUUAAUAUAUAUUACCAGGGUGUGAGUACAUACUGAAUGUACUGUAUGAUCACCGUUUUCAAGAAAAGUAUAUUUUUGUGGUUUACAGCCAAGUUUACAAGAGUAGACCCUCAGAAAGUCGAUGAUUCACUGGUCAAUAUUUGCUAUUUCGUUGAGUCUCUCUAAAUUGAACAUAACCCCCCCCCCCAUGUGUUUGAGUUCCAGAUGGUCAAUUUGUUUUGUCUCUUUAUUAGUGGUGAUUGUUUGUCCUGAAGACAUUGUAGAAAAAAACAAUGCUGUGAGGUUGAAGUUCCACUAUUUUCAUAUUUUUUUGAAGGAUGAUCACAAGGCUAGGGGAAAUACUUUCUUCCCACUUAUUGUGUUAGCUUGUCUUAGUUGUAUUUUGGCAGCUGCUGAAUACACUGCCACCAUUCAAUUUCCAAGGUCCCAGCCCCACAUUGAAGAAUAAUCUAUUGUUUUUGCAUGUAGCUCAACUGAAAGACAUGGCAUCUCUCAAUUUUCCAUUUCCACCAUCCUGUUAUUGCUUCACAGAAUUGAACAUGGCAGAAGUGGCUCUCACAGAACUGAUAAUGCCUGUGUCCAUGUAUGGUUGUAAAUAUUGCAGUCUACUUGAAUUAUUAGUCAUAAUAAUUAUGUGUAAAAAAAAACACUCUUGUUUCCUUAAUUGGCUCAAGAAAUUGUAUCUUUAUACCCACGCCCCAUUAUUAAGAGCACUGCAUCCCCAGGAACCUUAGGAGCCGUAAAACUUAAAAUUUAAAGGUGUUGAAGUCAUGUGCUAUGGACAGAAGGGGACAAAAAAAAGGGGCUGUGACUUUUUUUCUUUCCCAUCCUCACAGAAACAGAUCAUUCAGCAGCUAAAUCAUAAUACGACACACUGACUGACUUCAAUCUCACUGCUGAAAGGCACACAUUUGUAUGAGAAGUUUGCUGUACGAGAGAGAGGUGUUGCUCUGCAUUCGCCACGGCACAUCUUGUGUGCGUCUCUGAGGUUUGCUGGCCUCCGCCAACCCCCCCGUCAUCAGCUCCACAGUAGUUCACAGUUUACGCCCGUAAUGAAUCUAUGCAGUUUUAACCCCAGUUCACACGAAACACACAGAAGAUGAUGUCAUUACAGGUCAUAUUUAGUCUGCGAUGCAUGAAGAAGAAGAGAGUAGACUGUUAGCCUCUUAUUCUGAAGUGCCCCAGCUGAGAGUUACUGGACUACAAGCUACAUAUAUAUUUAUAAUACAUUUCACCGAUUGAUUUAUUUGGAUACCCCAGGGCAAUCUUCCUCAUGUUCAUAUAUAUAUUGGUAGACAUACUUUAUAUAAUGUAUAGUGAUCCAUAAUGUAAUCCAGUUUAACACAGCAGGUGAAAAUAGCAAUAAUAAAUGACUACAACAAAAACUGUCUGCCUGUCUCGGCAGCAUCACCUCGUAGUUGAGCACAUAUUUUAGCACUCAAUAACAUAUCAGGGAAUUUUGUAGUUGCUCUAUCUAUAUGCACAGUUAGGAAAAUGCCUUAUCCCAAAGAAAAAUUACACCACUCUUAUUUUCUCUCCGUUCAAGUUGCAGAUAUCACUCAAACUCGACCAGACCUGCCUCUUCUCAGAUAGGACUCACACAAGAAACAUGCCUGGCGGAUGCACCGCGAUAUGCUUUGCUCUUUUGGUCUUUGUCCAAAUUGUGCACAACUGAUGAAUGUGAAAGGAAAGGGUAAUCAAUGAACCUCUGUAGAGGACUUUCUUCACUUUGCUGUGCAAGAGUACACUGCUUUGCUUCAUGGCUUUUAUAAACAGAACUACGUGUUUGGUAAGUGUUUGUAGUUGAUAGUUCACUUAACUAAAGAAGCUGUUUUCGGUUUGAACGCUCAGACCGUUUGGCGGCACAAGCUGGACUUUGUUGCCAAUAAUGAAAUUAUUUGUUUCAAAAUCGAAAUAGAUUUUAAGUUAAUCUACAUUUUAUUUCCCUUGAAUGUGUUAUUUUAUUUUCGUCAUACAAUAAAUAUUCAAGUGAACUUUUUAUUAAACAAUUAAGAUACUAUGCUAGAUGUUGUUGUACAAAAUUUGUAUUCUUCACAAAAGUACAAAAUAUUGGCUUUUAAUGUGUAAUUUAGGUUAUCUCUCUUAUUCUGUAUAAAAUGAAGUAAACAACUCUUUCAUAGAAUUUGUUCUCCUGUGAAGUCCCAAACAGUAGAAACUGUCAACUUUAUUAAACACCUCAGUGUAUGCUCAAUCUGAA